AUGGCGAAGUUCUUGAGUACUACAGAGACAAGAAUUCAGAAUCAAGAGGCUUCCAUCAAGAAUUUAAAAGCUCAAAUUGGCCAGUUGGCCAAUAUCAUUUCGGGUAGACAGCAAGGGCAUUUACCGAGUGACACAGAAAGGAACCCGAAUGAGCAAUGUAAGGCCAUAACCUUGAGAGAUGGAAAGGUGAUUGGUGAAGAAGAAUCACAAAAGAAGGCGAAAAGUGAAGCAGAGUUACCGGUCUCUAUUGAAGAAAAGAAAGCGAAUUCAGAAAAAGAGACAGAGACUAAGGUAAAGGAAAUUGCAAGAGGUAAAGGAAAAGCUUUAGCACAUAUGCCUAGUUAUGCAAAGUUCUUAAAAGACAUCCUUUCUAACAAGCAGAAGAUCGAGGAGCAUGGAACAAUUAUGCUCACUGAAGAAUGCAGUGCCAUACUGCAAAAUAAAUUACCUCCUAAAUUGAGAGAUCCAGGGAGUUUUACUAUACCUUGUGCAUUAGGAGAUUCAUUCUUUGAUAAAGCAUUGUCUGAUUUAGGUGCUAGUAUUAAUUUAAUGCCUUUAUCAAUUUUCAGGAAGCUAGGACUUGGAGAAGUGAAAGAGACAAACAUGUCACUCCAGCUUGCUGAUAGAUCAACCAAACGACCUAAAGGCAUUGUUGAAGACAUUUUGUUAAAGGUCGAAAAAUUUAUCUUUCCGGUGGACUUCGUAGUUCUUGAUAUGAAGGAGGACUGGGAGGUGCCUCUAAUUUUGGGACAUCCAUUUUUGGCGACAACUCGUGCUUUGAUAGACAUGCAACAAGGAAAAUUAAUUCUAAGACUAAGUGAUGAUGAAAUAAUGUUUGAUGUCCAUAAAGCGAUGAAAAAUCUUAUUGCAUUUUAUAUUGAAUCUUGUUUUCACUCUGACAGUUUUGGUGGGAUUGUAGGUGAUCACAGAGAAGAAGGUUUACAGAAGGACUCUUUGGAGAGAUGUCUAAUGGAGUCAAGCACAACAGAAGAUGAAGACCCGUGCUUGAGAGAAGAAGUUGAAGCGUUAGAGAAAGAAUCUCUGACUGAUAAUAAUAUGGAGCUAAAGGAGGAUUUGCAUAAAACUCCUAAUGAGGCUCCUAAACUUGAGCUUAAACCUCUUCCUUCAAAUUUAAAAUAUGUUUUUCUAGAUAAAGAUGCUUACCCUGUGAUUAUUUCUGCGUCUUUGAUAGAUUUGGAGGAGAAGUCACUGCUAGACAUUUUGAGGAAGCAUGAAAAGGUUAUGGGGUGGACAAUUGCUGAUAUCAAGGGAAUAAGCCCUUCCAUCUGCAUGCAUAAGAUCCUCAUGGAAGAGAAUUUCAAGCCAACAAUACAACCUCAAAGGAGAUUAAAUCCUAUCGUGCAAGAAGUGGUACGAAAGGAAGUGGUAAAAUUACUCGAUGCAGGUAUUAUUUAUCCUAUCUCUGAUAGUAAUUGGGUUAGUCCUAUGCAAGUAAUGACUAAAAAAAGGGGAAUGACUAUAGUGAAGAAUGAAAAUAAUGAGCUUAUCCCCACUAGGAUGCGUUGUGAGGAAUCAAAUCUUGUGCUGAAUUGGGAGAAGUGCCAUUUUAUGGUACGAGAAAGUAUCGUGCUUGGACACAAGAUCUCUGAGCAAGGGAUUGAGGUUGAUAAAGCAAAAGUGGAAGUGACUGAAAAAUUACCUCCUCCGACAACGGCCUUUAAUUUGCUGAAAGAGAAGCUAGUGAUAGCACUAAUAGUGGUCGUACCAAAUUGGAACAACCCUUUUGAAAUUAUGUGUGAUGCGAGUGACUAUGCCAUCGGUGCUGCUCUCGGUCAAAGGAAAGACAAAAUGUUUCAUGUCAUAUCCUAUGCCAUUCAUACCUUAAAUGGUCCGCAACUGAACUACACAACAACCGAGAAAUAA